CCUUUAUGCUAACAGAUGCAACUCCAACUUAACAACUCGUUAACUGCUCAUUGCGAAUCUUUUUACUCUCUAAAUAUUUGUCCGCGCGUUCCCUGCGGUCAACGUUGGUCACUAACGGGCCUCCGUCCGUCGCGCGCGCGUGCGCGUGAGGGCGCGCAGCGGAAGUGGGAGGAGUCGCCUCCCACCGAUCGGACCGACACGGCGUGUCUGCUGGCUAGUGGCAACAUGGGCUCCUCGAUGUGGUUUUCGACACGGCAAACAAAACGCUGUUCGUGGAUAUGCGGUUUUUUUCUGGUGGCCGUUUUAACGUCACCGCCGGUCUCGGCAAAACCGGACAGCCUCAGAGAAGUGACCGACGGGACGUGGGAGGAAAUCCUGACCGGGGAGUGGAUGAUUGAAUUCUACGCACCCUGGUGUCCGGCGUGUCAGCACCUCCAGCCGGUGUGGAAGCAGUUCGCGGACUGGGGGGAGGACAUGGGGGUGAACAUAGCCAAGGUGGACGUGACGGAACAGCCCGGUCUGAGCGGGCGAUUCAUCAUCACAUCACUUCCUACCAUCUACCACUGUAAAGACGGCGUCUUCAGGAAGUACCAGGGAGCUCGCACCAAGGAGGACUUCCUCAGCUUCGUCGACGAGCAGAAAUGGAAAGCCGUGGAGCCGAUUUCCUCUUGGUUCGGUCCAUCUUCGUUUCUAAUGAAUUCAAUGUCUGCUUUGUUCAAGCUCUCCAUGUUUAUCCGGCGUUGUCACAACUACAUGACGGAGCAGCUGGGGAUUCCUGUUUGGGGGUCUUACGUUAUCUUUGGCUUGGCUACUCUGUUCUCUGGCCUGGCUUUGGGUCUGUUACUGGUCUUCAUAGCAGAUUUUGCCUUCCCAUCACGACGCUUCUCCUCCUCCGAUUACUACCAGAAAAAACAAACCAUGGAGCAGGCGAGGUUAAUCCAACAACAAGAGGACCACGAGCACGAGGCGGACGGCGAGGAAGACGACGAUGAAGACGAGGAAGACGACGAGGACCAGGAUGAGGUCUGGAGACGGAGGAGGAGAGGGUCCCCAGAGGGCCGCCCAGAACCCAAAGGACAGGGAUUCUCUGACAAGGCUCUGAGGAAAAGGGUAGUGGAGAAACGUGAGGAGGAGGAGGAGGAUGAGGAUGAAGAGGACAACUAGAGAGUCUGAUAGUUUCUACUCCCAAAGAGAAGAGCACUGCGGCGUCGGUGGAGUUGGAGGAGCUUCUGUCCCCCCCCCUGGUUUUUAAACAGGAGCGCUUUAGACUCUCUCAGCCUGAGCGGCAAGCUCCACCUGGAAAAAGCUAAACGAAUAAAAAAAACACUCCUACGCCUCUUUCCAAAUGGCCCAGCGGAGCUUUAAGUGUGAAGUGCAGUAGAGCUCGAUUUUGCCUUUUGUUGUUUAUGCUAUGCAUCCUUUUUUUUUCUUUUUAAAGAUCUAUGUUUAUUACGUCUCUUAGAAUUAUCGUACCAGGCUUGUGUUUGAGGCUUAUUUUGUUCAUUUUUCCCCACAGCUCAUGUAUGCAUCUUAUUUUACGUUCAUUACGUACAUUCAUGUUUAUUUUACAAACCCUGACAAUUCAACCUAACGUACCAAUGUUCACGCACACACACACACGCACACACACACACAUUUCACGAAAAGGAAAACGUCUCCCACGUUAUCAUCCUCAAGAUUUCACUCCUGGUUUGUGCGGCCACACCAAGGGUUACCGUGGCAACAGAAAUCACAACUUGUUGCUACUGAUCCAUUAGUGGAACAUUUAAAAAUAGGAAGUAAUUGUCUUAUUUUUCUAGAUCCAUUUUCUUGAACGAUGGCUGACAGAAAGCAACAAAAGCUUGGUGAAUAUUCUGUGUUCCCCGUGAUGUGUCGCGCAAUCAGCCAGUGGGAUGUCCUAUUGUAUUUUGUUUUACUAAUGUCCAUUUGUUCUCAAAUCAGAAAGAGGCGUUUACUUAAAUAACCCAGCUGUGUUCAGCAGGUCUACAGAACAGUGUUUGUAUGUUGUAAUAUAAUCCACGUGAGGAACAAUUUGAGGGGAAACUUGUGUUAAUUGUUGAAACGGGGCGAAUCUGUCGUCACGCUGCGUCUUCCUCCUGUUUUGGACGGUUUUUCAGGCUCAAAUUAAACUAAACUAAUUAAAAAAGGAACUUUUGAGGGA